UUUCGAGCGAAUAAGAUUCUGCAUUUCAAACUCGUGAUUGAAGAUUUCAGCUAGCAGCACAACAGCCUUUAAGAAAAGAAAUCAUGUCGAGCUUUGGACUUGUGCCGUUUUUCCCGAGAUGGUACGAUGACGUGUCUCGCAGCCACUCUCUGUUCGAUCAGUAUUUCGGAAUGCCACUGCGUGACGAUGAUCUUUUUGAUCCUGGUAUGAUGAUGCCGUAUUUUGGCCCUCGUAGACACCAUCAUCGCCAUCCGGAAGGUCAAUUGGCUCCCAUGAGGUCAUCUAUGGACCGUGGAAGAUCUGGAUUGUCCCGUGUCACGAACGACAAGGAUCAGUUCAAGGUGACUUUGGAUGUUCAUCAGUUUAAGCCGGAGGAGGUUCACGUGAAAACAGUGGAGAAAUACGUGACGAUCGAGGGUCGCCAUGAGGAAAAGGAAGAUGAACAUGGUUACAUCUCCCGUCACUUCGUUCGUAAAUACCUUCUCCCUGAAGGAGUCAAGGCGGAGGAGGUAACAUCUACCCUGUCGUCAGACGGUGUUCUUAGCGUUACUGCGCCGAAACAAAUGGCAAUUGAGAAAGGCGGAGCACGCGAAAUUCCGAUCUCGCGUUCUCCGUUUCCGGCAUUGGGAAGUACGACUGCAGCUGGUCAGAAUGGACACCCAAGUGAAAAGGAAGGCGAGAAAGCUGCCAGUGGCGAACCAAUGGAGAAAUGAAUCGGCGGAAACGAGGAAAUCUGAAGCAAGUGGACUGUUCGAAGAAGUGAUUUGAAAAUAUGUGAACUCGUGUAAACAAUUUUUGGUCUCCGCCUUGAAGGCAAAUGUGAAUUUGAAUGUAAAUUGGUUUAGUGUGAAUAAAGUGCUGUAGAGAAACA